AAUUUCACUUCCAGCAGUUGAAACAGUCGGUCGAAGAAGCUGUCGGAGCAUAAGGAGCCCGAAUAUUUUGUCUUUUACUUUGGCGGUGUCUAACAACAGAAGUCAUCAUGAAAAUUAUCCUGAUGUUAAUAUCAAUCCUGUCAAUGAAUAGUGUGACAACAGGCCAGACAGGGAUUUUCUAUCCAUUUGGCUCAGAUGCAGGAGACGUUAAUAAUAUUGGUAUUGAAGACGAAAACUCAACUUAUGUUGGCCUGUUGAGUCCAUUUGUUUUCUUUGGCCGCAUGUACAACCAGAUAUACAUCAAUAGUAAUGGGCAUCUUACAUUCAACCACCCUUCACCGGUGUUCGUUCCUAAUUCCCUGCCCAGUAAUGGAAGUGAAGAUGUCAUUGCAGCUCUCUGGACAGACAUUGACAUCAGUCAAAAUGGUAAUAUUUCAUAUCAAGAGUACACAACUGGAAGUGUCCUCACACAAGCUACUCAAGACAUUAACCAAUAUUUCCCUGAUCUGAGCUUUACCGCAACUUGCGUCUUUGUUGCAACAUGGGAUAAAGUGGCAUAUUAUUAUCACUCGGGCACGGAAACCUCCUUUCAAGUGGUUUUAAUUUCAGACGGCAAUUUGUCUUUUAUUAUGAUGAAUUAUGGUGACAUUGCUGUGACAGCAAAUAUAGUGCAGGCUGGUUAUGACACAAUAAACUCUACAAAUUAUUUUCUUAUUCCUGAGUCAAACAAUGGGAGCACCAUUUCAAAUCUUAAGUACUCCAGUAAUGUAAACGUUCCUGGUCGUUGGGUCUUUAGGGUGGAUGGUAAAGCAGAUCAAAACAUAGAAACUGUCAUUGGACUUCAGAUGAGAGUUAUCUCAUAUUCAGAUCUAGCAGAGAUUCAAAACGUUGCGUACGUUAUGGAAAAAAUAAAACAGGAGCUGGUUCAUCAAGGUCUUCCAAGCAGCGUGGAGCUGAAUUUAAGAAGAGUGGAAAAAAUGAAGCCUUAAUAUCAGUAUCAUACAACAGAAUUUUUUUUUCAUUUACACUUUACAAUAACAGUACCUGAAUAAUCAUGUACUAAUACUUAAAGUAAUUAUCACUUUGAUAUGAACUAAUAAUGAGCCAUGUGCUAACCAGGAACUAACCAUAACUAUGUCAUGAUGAGUCAUAUGAAUUCAUGCAUGAAUAACAGCAACCACUUCAUAUUAAUACAUGCUUAAAGUAUCAAGUCACACUUUUUUUGGUAACCCAAAUCAAACAUGCUCUAGAACAAAUAACUUGUAUGAACAAUGUUUAGGUUUCUAAUGCAAAAAUACAAAAUUGGCCCCUGCAGUUGUGUUUCAAGUGCACUGCAUUGGAGUUCAUGCAAUAUUUACAGUCAACCGCAUUAAAUGUCCCGUGAUGUAUUCAUGAUUAAAUCUCAUCUCAAUGCUGCAAUUAAAGGGACAGUUCACCCAAAAACGAAAUAUAGAUUUGUUUUGUUCUACUAAACACAAAUGAAGAUAUUUGUAAGAAAGCAGAAAACAGGUGCACCAUUGAUUUCAAUAGUAGGAAAAACAAACACUAUGGAAGUCAAUGGUUCACUGUAAAAAAAAUCUGUAGAAAUUACAGUGUUAUUGCAGCUGGGU